CAAUCAUCGCUCUUUUUCUCUCAUGUCUACUAUAACUCCAUGGAGGAGGAAGAACUUCACACAGAAUAUGGAUCAAAACAUUAUCAAAUUCUAUUCUUAACCAGUAAAGAGAAAAAAAAAACAAUCUCAAUUUCAAUCUCUGAACCCUAAAGGAGAAAUGGAGAAUUACUAUACUCAACCAACAUAUCCAUCAGAUUCAAGAGAUUCAUCACCAAGAUCAUCAACGAGAGAAAUCGAUUGUGAGAAUUCAUGGCCAGAUCAAGAACAAAACAAUUACAAAGUCAAAUUCAUGUGUAGUUAUGGCGGUAAAAUCUUACCAAGGCCACAUGAUAAUCAAUUGACGUAUAUUGGUGGAGAAACAAAGAUAUUAUCAGUGGAUAGAAAUAUUAAAUUCUCUGGUAUCAUUUCUAAACUUAAUUCAUUAUCUGAUUACAAUGAUGUUUAUUUUAAAUAUCAAUUACCUGGUGAGGAUUUAGAUGCUUUGAUUUCUGUUACAAAUGAUGAAGAUCUUGAGCAUAUGAUGAUUGAAUUUGAUCGUCUUAUUAUUAAUCAUCGUAGUAAUAGUGGAAGUAAUGGUGGAUCUAAUAAACCUGCUAGGCUAAGAUUAUUUUUGUUCUCAUUGAAUAAUAAUAAUAAUCCUUUGUCGCCGACCUCAUCGAAUGUCUCUACGGAUAAUCAGAAGACAACAAAUCAACAAUGGUUUGUUGAUGCGUUGAAUUCUGUUAACAAUCCAUUGAUAAAUCAAUCCCUUGAUAGUUCUGUUUCGUCUCCACCGGCUGCUGCAAAGGUUCCUUCAGAUUUUCUUUUCGGUUUCGAUAAAGCGCAGUUACAGAAUAACAGCAACAUUCCUGCUAAACUACAGCAACAACAAACGCAGCAACAGGAAAUAAGACAAGAGUUACACAGAGAUGUAUCUGACCAAUCUCUGAAGAAAUCGUCAGCUGGAUCUGAUUCCUCGGCCAAAGAAGAGAUUCGGCAAAUGAGACAGACUGAUGAAAUGUUAGCUAGAGCUUUUCAUGGAGAACAUUACAUACAAAAAAUUCCUGAUCAACAACCAAAACUGGUACCGGUCAUGGCACCAGCUGCAGCGGCGGCAACCACUGUAACCCCGAUGGCAUCGUCUCAGGUACCGACUCUACCGACAAAUGUUCCUACAGGUUAUUGGCAACAACAGGAGCGGCAAGUGCCAGUAAGUGGUGGAUAUCAUGUGGGUCCUUCUGGAAUUGUUGAUCAACCACCGCCACUACAGCAGCAUCCACAGCAGCAACAACAUCAGGCAUAUUUACUUCAUGCACCGGCUGGCUGUGCACCGAACAAUAUGUACCAGCAAACUCGACCUGUUAGUGGUCAAGUUAACCAAGGACCACAACAUGGUUACUAUGGAACGCCGCAACAGAGAGUGAUGCAGGAUGUUUACAGGGAACCUGUGUACGGGAUGGGACCACCCACAUCGCAACCAACGAGAAUGGCUGGUGGUGGUGGAUACGGAGAUGGUGUCAGUAUGGUCCGAACACCAGCAUUACCUGUGAGCGGAGUUCCAGUGGGUACAGAAAGUGGAUAUACAACACAAAUGGGAUAUGAUAAUACUGGUAGACAAGUUUAUUACACCACAGCUACUGGUGGUGGUGGUGUUGUGGUACCCACACCAUUUCAGACUAAUGCAAGACAAACUACUGGUGUAGUAAAUCAAGAUGGUGUUGCUAAGGUUGUUCUCAAAACUCCGCAACCUCAGUAAACCUUUUUAUUUCUUUUUUAACGUUCUCUAGUUUUAAGAUUAUAAUUAGUUGUCCUCAAAAGAGAAUUUAAUUAACUAGGUAAAUAUGUUUCCAGCAUGCAUAUUUUGAAUUAGUGUAAUAUAAUAUAUGUGCACAGAUCAUUAGAUCUAUCUAAUCAUUUUGUAAAUUCUGGUUGAAUAGUAUGAAAAUAAAUAAAUAGAUUACUUAUUCAA